UGUAGGACAGUUCCUGCUGUGGUGUUCUGGCAGUGGGUUAACCAGUCUUUCAAUGCUCUGGUCAACUACACCAAUCGCAAUGCUGCCUCCCCCAUCACACCAAAGCAGAUUGGAGUAGCUUAUGUGACUGCAACAAGCACAGCGCUGGUCACUGCGGUCGGGCUGAACCUCUACACAAAGAAAGCUCCUCCACUGGUGGCACGCUGGGUGCCGUUCGCUGCUGUGGCCGCGGCUAACUGUGUGAACAUUCCAAUGAUGAGACAACAGGAGAUUUUGAACGGCAUUGCUGUGACGGAUGAAGAUGGAAAAAUACUGGGCCACUCAAGGAAAGCAGCUGUCAAGGGCAUCACACAGGUGGUCAUCUCUCGAGUUACCAUGGCAGCACCAGGCAUGAUCAUACUCCCCAUUAUUAUGCAGAGGCUUGAAAAAUACAGAUUCAUGCAGAAAAUCACAUUUCUUCAUGGGCCACUGCAAGUCAUGAUGGUUGGCGUAUUUCUGAUCUUCAUGGUGCCUGCAGCAUGUUCACUGUUUCCUCAGAGAUGUUCUAUGGCUGUAUCCAAACUGGAACCUGAGCUCAGGGAGUCCAUCAUUUCUCAGUACGGGGAACGUGUCAGUUAUGUCUACUUCAACAAGGGACUGUGAGUGCUGGCGAAUCAGACUGGAUGCACGAGUCAUCGGCCAAUUAGAAGCUCUUUUUGACAAUUUUUUGCUAAAGAAGUUGCUAAAAAGAAGCUUUUAGAUUUGAGGGUUUUUUUCAUAACCCAAAAAGAAGGUUUUUAUGCACUAAAGCAUAAUUUAUGAAUAGUUUUUUACAUUUGGCCCUGACUGCUGCAAAGAAUCAUUUUGAUUUGUGAAUCAAAAUUCUCUGUAAAAAUACAUUUAACAGAGAAUUUAUAGACAUUGGAUAAACCUGGUCCAGUUGCCCUGUCAUCCGUUCCUGUUGUGUAUGAUCUACCCUGAAUAAUCGGGAACAGAUUGAAAAGUCUGAGAACUGUUUCCCUCUGAUGCCAAACACCGUCAUUUACCACAUACAUCAGGAAGAGUUUAUUUGAAAGGUUUAAUGCUUUAAUAGCCUCUAAAGCCAUCAGUGAUAUCAUUUUAUCAGAUUUUAUGUCAGACAUUUAGGAAUAUACAGUCAGAUCAUAAGUGUUUACAUUUAAAAUACCAGUUACAAGCAUAAACUUCAGGAAAGUACAGUCUAAUAAACCUCAGUUUGAAAGAGUAUUUCAGUUACCGAGUGUGCCUUAAAAAAAACAUUCAUGGCGCUCGUUGGGUCCAUAGCCUGCCCUCACUGUGAACUAUCUGAGUUAUGUACUUGUUUUCAUCAUUACAAGAUGAUGAAAUAAACAGACAGCUGUUGAAAUAAACCCCUGGUCUGUGAUAAUAACUCAUGGGAGUUGAACCAAAGUGGACCUUGUGUUUAUUUUUAUCUACAACUGUGCACUCGAUAUUCAUUUCUGCCACAUGAGGGCAGUAUCUGAUCAUGAAAGUUUUGCAAAGGUAAAUAUGCAGCACUACUGUCAAAUAUUCACACUGAUGGGAUAAAAUGUACUACAAAGCCUCCAGAGACCACAUUUUAUGGGCAAUCGGAAAUAAAUGAAUGAAUACAUUAAUAUGUGUGUGUGU